GGGGAGAGGGAGCCGAGGCUGGGGGUUCCCCCCUGGGGCCGGGCCUGGCGCCGGGGCCCGGCUUCGGGAGGGGCGGGGGAGGGAGGAUUCCCGCCCGGAGGAGGAGCGGGGCUGGCCAGCCGGGCGGAGGCACCCGGAAGGGGGCGUUCGACUCCCCGCCCCCUCGGAGCCCGCCGGACGGGAGGGCGGCGCUUCCGGGGGCCGGCGAGAGGAGCGGGCACCGGGGUGGCCUGGCACCUCUCAGCCGGGUGCCGACCCACCUCAGCGCCGCUCUCCCGCCUGGGCGGACUAUGCCUGGGUCGGCUCCGAGGAGGCAGCCAGCAGCCCUCGUGUUCGCCCUGUGUCUGAGAGGCCUUCUUGCACUCUUAACUGUAGAUGCCCACCAGCGAUUCAGGGCUCCCCGAAGUACAGAGGGGCGAGGGAACGCUUGAGAUCCGGACGCUGCCAACCAGAUGGGCACUGCUCGGCAUCGAGGACAGCCCGGUUACUGAUGUAUCCCAGUCGGGCGAUGGUGUCAGGACAUGAGGGCACUCUCUGGGCAGAUGAUCUCUCACUGGGGAGUGGGCAAAAACCUUCCUUUAAUGUUUUCACUUGGAUCAUUGAUCCUCCAGCUAGAUGCGAGCUCUUAGCAGAAUUGUGAGAAGUUUGAGAACUUCUUGCCAGAGCUCCCAGCCUGUUACCUGACGUCCCGUGGGGGAAGACUACUGCAGUCCCAAAGCUCAGGCGCAAACAAUCUUAAGGAAUUACAGAAGAAAUAAAAUAGAUACUUACUUUCUUCCUCCACCCACCUGCAUCCCCAUUGCUGACUUACGGUUUUCAGCCUCUUACCCAUGCUUCUUAGGUUUCCUUCCCAGCGGCUUUCUAAUUUUAGUUCAAAAGGAACUAUGUCUUCUCCUCUGGGCAACUGAGAAACCUAUCCUCACUGCAUUCCUUGGUUUUGAUUGCAAUAUCCUGUCAUGUUUGUUUCUUAAUUAACUUCAUCCAAGGGGACUCAGUCUGGCCUUUCUCAGUGCAUUCUCCCAAAGUUCUUUCUUCCUCUGAGGUUACUUCUUGUUUACUUAUUGUUUCCUAGAGAAAGGUAUGAGCCAGUAGAUCUGCUUUAAACAAUGAAUUGGCCCGAGUUUCCCGUUUACAGAUUUCAUUACAGUUGGAAGGACACUGUUGCAAGGUGCACUGGCCUGCACUGUCUAAAACUGUUUCAUGCUGUACCCCAGAAGGCAUUCAGUUUCACAUUGGAGGGCUGUACCGAGUUGGUAUUCUGGAUGAUACAAUUUUUAGGGCUCGAAAGUUUAGAGUGUUGGCCAGCUCACAGGCUGCAAAGGGAAUAAUGGAGUCCAGAGCACAGCAGUAAUUUCAAUUACUAACACAAAGAAACCCAUUGUCUGCAAUAAUGAAUAUAACUGCAGUGUCUUGUUUUGUUUUAAAUUCUUGUGUGCGAUGAAGGGGGGGAAUCUAUCAGACAACCUGUCAAUUGGGCUGAUGAUGUCAGUGUUCCAGUGGCUUCUAACAGGCGUUAAUACCUGUUGGAAAUGGAUUAUCAUUGGCUGGGACGAUUGGUAAGUUUUCUAAUUCUGGUUCUUCCUCUUGGUUUACAGAGGUUUAACCUCUUUGGUUAAAAGCAACUACAAGAAAAAAAGCUAGUCUGACAUAAUUAUGAACUCCCCUGAACUAGGCUGCUGAAGCCACAAACUCUACCAAGGAGACCCAAGUAGAGUUUGUUAAUAAUCGGACCCUUAUCUGACUGCCCAACAGGUAGAACUGGUUCCAGGAGAAAGAGUUUGGCAUCACUCUGGACAGCAGAUGGACUGGCCACUUUUUUCUCUCAAAUUCUAUUAAAGUUUGGGCCUGUGGAGGCCUGUCAGAGAGGAGAAAAGAAAUUAUAAGAUUUGGGUAAAUGUCUGGGGUAAAGAAGCUUUAUGGCAUUUCAGCAAGUAGAGUGGUUGGUUCAUUUGGAUAUUUUGGCCUUGAACUUCUCAUUUCUUCUGGUGGUUAAUACCAGCUUUUUGGAGAAGUUGGACAGUCCUUUGCUAUAGGUCUGUGUCAGUUCCCAAGCUUGCUGUCAGCAAGUAUAGUAUUGCCCAACCAGGGCCCUUCUGAAGACAUUUUAAACUUGUUGCAACCAACUAGUAGACCUUAGUAUUGGCUUUGUUUCAGCAAUCUUCUAAAUCUUGCCCACUCAUUUCUGUGAUAGAUAUGUAACGUGUUCUUUUUCUAAUACUUAUUUUUUUCACACACACCCCUUUUCUGUAUACACAAAAAUUGGAAACCCUGCUUCCAAACAUAGAAAAAUUUAGGAUAUUUUGGAUCAGGUGGACGAUGGCUAUGGAAUAAAAGAUGCAGAGAAACACUGCUUUAAAGGGUACGCAGAGAAUUAGAAAGUUUAGGGAUGCAGUAGCAUGAACAUUUCUGAGUUUACCAGAUUUAACCUCAUGGCCCGAUCUUAAACCUUGUGGGCUGCAAACCUGGAGUAAAAUCUGUUCAGAGAAGCUCGUAUACUUUCUUACAGGUUCAUUGGGUGAUAUGUCUGGAGUAUUCCCUUUUUGCAACUGAUUUGGAUUUGUGAAUUUCUUCCCACCACCUACAGGCUGAACUAAACCAGUAUCCAGUACAUUUCUGGGCUGAGAAAUGGAGAUCAUUUUGGAAUGCAUUUGUUGCUUUUUUGCUUGUUUUUGCCUUGCUUUUGUUUUGGAUAUGCUUGCAACUCCUUGUAUGACAUUGUCUAGACCUGUUGCAGGAGGAAAAAAAGUUCUUUCUCUUUAUUUCUUCCCUCAUAGAGCCAACACUUAGAUCUUUAUCUUUCUGAAAUGUAGUUGAAUGUCUUUUUAAAGAUGCUCUUCCUCAAUAAUCAGCAGAUCUUUUUUUGGCUAGCAGCAUUCUCUUAGGAGACCUCGGGGUGGAGGAGAUCUCACUUUUCUGUCAGCAAUCUAUUGGAGCAAGGUGGAAAGAUGAGUGAAGAGGGUAAAAAUAUGGGACAUUUCUUUUUUAAAAAUAAUAGAGGCAUAGUCUCUCUAUGCCAGGCUGGUCUCAAACUCCUGGCCUCAAGUAAUCCUCCCACCUCAGCCUCCCAAAGUGCUGGGAUUACAGGCAUGAGCCACUGUGCCUAGCCAACAAGGGAUAUUUCUAACUCGAGGGUAUUGUCAGGCUAUGUGGGAAAGGGCGUAGAGAUUGCCCUUGAGGAGAUGCUCCCAGGUGGCAGAUUUGUCCUACUUGAUAGAUUCCAAAAUGGAAAAUGGAUUUUUCUACUGCCUCUGGGGACACUGAAAAAAGAACCUCCACGUGAGUUCAGAAGCAGCACUGGCAGCUUAGGGGAAGUCAUGGCUUCCACUGCGUGUCUAGGAAGCGCUCUUUCAGGAUGCUCUGAGGCUGCCACUGGCACAGGGGAACACUGUGCUUCUCAUCCAACUGGGCUGCAGGCUGAUUUGCUCUUGGGAGAUGAGCUCUGCUCAGGAGCAAGGGGUUGUGAAAGGGCUGAUGUUUCUCAGGCUCCCCCAAUGAGCAGCUCCAAGCAGUGCUGAGAUGUCUAGGCUGUUUGUGUCACAGGACAAGCAUGCUUGCAGACCCAAUGGUUGGAAUCCGUCAUUGGCAUUUCAUUCCCGUUGCUGCUGUUUGUCUCCACAUCAGAAUUGCUUGCUAUACCUAGCCAGAGGCCCUGCGACAUUGUAGUGCAAAGGCUUAGCUUACUUGUUUUUGCUGCCGAGUGCUCUUAGAUACCAGUUUGUCCCUGUAUGGUGAUUUAGGCAGUUAGGUGGCCUUUCCUCUCAAUCACAGAGUAGAAGUGGCUCAGGAGGAGCCAGCAGACACUAACUGACAUUUCCAAAUGUCAUCUUUCUAGAGCCUUCUCUUUAGGGUUGUCACCUCUCCUACAGGAUUUGGUAGAAUCACAAAGUGGCCUCCAAGAGAGUGUGAAUAGGAAGUAAGAGUGAGCAGGCAGGACCAUGUAAUUGGAAGUGGAAUAUUUCUGCUCCCAGUUGAUAAUUAGGAAUCUUCUUAAAUCAGCCUAGAAGAAAACAAACCAAGACAUUUCGCAGCCUCCAAAAAAGUAAACGAUCCACAGACCAGCAUGGCUGCCACUGCUGCUGUCAGUCCAAGUGACUACCUGCAGCCUGCUGCCUCCACCACACAGGACUCCCAGCCAUCUCCCUUAGCCCUGCUUGCUGCAACAUGUAGCAAAAUUGGCCCUCCAGCAGUUGAAGCUGCUGUGACACCUCCUGCUCCCCCACAGCCCACACCGCGGAAACUUGUCCCUAUCAAACCUGCCCCUCUCCCUCUCAGCCCCGGCAAGAAUAGCUUUGGAAUCUUGUCCUCCAAAGGAAAUAUACUUCAGAUUCAGGGGUCACAACUGAGCGCCUCCUAUCCUGGAGGGCAGCUGGUGUUUGCUAUCCAGAAUCCCACCAUGAUCAACAAAGGGACCCGAUCAAAUGCCAAUAUCCAGUACCAGGCAGUCCCUCAGAUUCAGGCAAGCAGUUCCCAAACCAUCCAAGUACAGCCCAAUCUCACCAACCAGAUCCAGAUCAUCCCUGGCACCAACCAAGCCAUCAUCACCCCCUCACCGUCCAGUCACAAGCCUGUCCCCAUCAAGCCAGCCCCCAUCCAGAAGUCAAGUACGACCACCACCCCCGUGCAGAGUGGGGCCAAUGUGGUGAAGUUGACAGGUGGGGGCGGCAAUGUGACACUCACUCUGCCUGUCAACAACCUCGUGAACGCCAGUGACACCGGGGCCCCCACUCAGCUCCUCACUGAAAGCCCCCCAACCCCACUGUCUAAGACUAACAAGAAAGCAAGGAAGAAGAGCCUUCCUGCCUCCCAGCCCCCUGUGGCUGUGGCUGAGCAGGUGGAGACGGUGCUGAUCGAGACCACCGCGGACAACAUCAUCCAAGCAGGAAAUAACCUGCUCAUUGUUCAGAGCCCUGGGGGGGGCCAGCCAGCUGUGGUCCAGCAGGUCCAGGUGGUGCCCCCCAAGGCCGAGCAGCAGCAGGUGGUGCAGAUCCCCCAGCAGGCUCUGCGGGUGGUGCAGGCGGCAUCUGCCACCCUCCCCACUGUCCCCCAGAAGCCCUCCCAGAACUUUCAGAUCCAGGCAGCUGAGCCGACACCUACUCAGGUCUACAUCCGCACGCCUUCCGGUGAGGUGCAGACAGUCCUUGUCCAGGACAGCCCCCCAGCAACAGCUGCAGCCACCUCUAACACCACCUGUAGCAGCCCUGCAUCCCGUGCUCCCCAUCUGAGUGGGACCAGCAAAAAGCACUCAGCUGCAAUUCUCCGAAAAGAGCGUCCCCUGCCAAAGAUUGCCCCCGCCGGGAGCAUCAUCAGCCUGAAUGCAGCCCAGUUGGCGGCAGCUGCCCAGGCAAUGCAGACCAUCAACAUCAAUGGUGUCCAGGUCCAGGGCGUGCCUGUCACUAUCACCAACACAGGCGGGCAGCAGCAGCUGACAGUGCAGAAUGUUUCUGGGAACAACCUGACCAUCAGUGGGCUGAGCCCCACCCAGAUCCAGCUGCAAAUGGAACAAGCCCUGGCUGGAGAGACCCAGCCUGGGGAGAAGCGGCGCCGCAUGGCCUGCACAUGUCCCAACUGCAAGGAUGGGGAGAAGAGGUCUGGAGAGCAGGGCAAGAAGAAGCACGUGUGCCACAUCCCCGACUGUGGCAAGACGUUCCGUAAGACGUCCUUGCUGCGUGCCCACGUGCGCCUGCACACUGGCGAGCGGCCCUUUGUCUGCAACUGGUUCUUCUGUGGGAAGAGGUUCACACGGAGUGACGAGCUCCAGCGGCAUGCUCGCACCCACACAGGGGACAAACGCUUCGAGUGCGCCCAGUGUCAGAAGCGCUUCAUGAGGAGUGACCACCUCACCAAGCAUUACAAGACCCACCUGGUCACGAAGAACUUGUAAGGCCAACUGCGGCGGGAGGCCCUGAAGAUGCAAUCCCCCGCCUGUGUCCUCCCUGGGCCCCUGGUGGAAAGGAGCCCUGUGGCUGCCUUGGGCCUGCCCUCAGCCCCACUCCUGUUCUGCAACUGUCCCCACAGGAAGGGGCUCUGCUCCCUGUCCUCCUUCUGAACCCCCUUGGCUCCGCCUUGGCCCUUCCCCUCACCACGAGCUCCCGGCCUGCCCAGACUGUGGACACUGGCCAUGCCCAAUGAGACGUUCUAAACCAGGACGCGUGGGAACCCUUAUUUCCAAAGGAAAAACAUGCAUUUCACUCCGUCGAGGAGCAAAGUGAGCCCCCAUCCCCCACCCCAAUCCCUGCUCCCAACACUGCCGGAGUCGCAUCGUGCCAUGCCCACUCUCCUGCACCUCCCUGGCCCUGCCGGCCACUGUGGACGCCCUGGGGCUUGGCACCCACCUCUGGAGAGACUCGGGGCCACCUCCACUCCAUGUGCCCAGCCCCGCCACAACCUCUCCUCCAGCACAUUCCAGCUCUGUUUAAAAAGUAAAGACACCCACCGACUCCUCCUGAUCCCCCUCUUUUUCUAUGGAGAACGUUGCCUUAUACUCUCUACAUCAGAUGAUGAACACUGUGUACUGUGUGUGCUUUAAAGAAGUUUUAUUUAAUUGCUCCCUUCUUCCUUUCCUUGUUAUUCACCUCCCCAAUGCCUGCUUUCAGUUGAGGGUUGGGGGCAAUGAUGAGCAUAUGAAUUUUUUUCUCACUCUAGCAAUUCCCUUUUCUAAAUGACACAGCAUUUAAACUCAAAUCUGGAUUCAGAUAACAGCACCUGCCCAUCCUGCACCUCUUCCCUCUCCCUUCACCUCACCCCUGCCCGGCCCAAGCUCUACUUGUGUACAGUGUAUAUUGUAUAAUAGACAAUUGUGUCUACUACAUGUUUAAAAACAUAUUGCUUGUUAUUUUUGAGGCUUUUAAAUUAAACAAAAAUCCAACUUUAUUUUUAGUUGUAACUGCUUGAGGUAUGUUUUAUGAAUUAAGUGACAGAUUUGUUAUCCUUUAUUAACGUACUUUGUUGGUCAGCGCUGGGCUGACAAAAAUUUUUUCUUGCUAAUAAAUUUAGUUGCCUGAGGCAAAAUCUUCAA